AUGUAUGUUAACGGACUCCCUACCUAUCUCAAUAUUAGUAAGCGAGGUGAUUCAGCAUCUAUCUAUCUAUCCAUCUAUCUAUCUAUCCAUCUAUCUAUCUCAGUCUCUUCCAUCUAUCUAUCUAUCUAUCUAUCUAUCCAUCUAAAACCCCAGUCUCUUCAUUUAUUAUCUUCUAUCUAUUAUCUAUCUAUCUAUCCAUCUAACAUCUAUCCCAGUCUCUUCAAAAUCUUUAUCUAUCUAUCUAUCUAUCCCUAUCUAUCUAUCUAUCUAUCUAUCUGUAUUCAUUCAUCUCCAGAAAUCCAUCUAUCUAUCUAUCUAUCUAUCUAUCUCAGUCUCUUCAUUAUCUAUCUAUCUAUCUAUCUAUUCAUCUAUCUCAGUCUCUUCAUUAUUCAUUCAUCUAUCUAUCUUCUAUUCAUCUAUCUAUCUAUCUCAGUCUCUUCAUUAUUCAUCUAUCUAUCUAUCUAUCUAAUGCUCUAUCUAUCUCAGUCUAUCUAUCUCAUUCCUCUAUUUCAUCUAUCUAUUUCAUCUCUUCGAUCUACCUAUCCUUCAAGUUUCCUGCAUACCAAUGUUGAGAUAGCCUCCCACAUUUCACCACCUGUUGCUUCUUCUCUCUCUCCACCUGACACACCUUCUUUUUUUUUACUUGCUCUCUCCCAUUCUCCUAAUUUCCCCCUACCUCCUUCUCCAUUACAUUCCCUUCCUCUUUACAUUUUCUUUCCCCCUUUUUUUUGCCUACCUUGUUCUUCCCAUAAUUUUCUUCUUCCAUUCACCCACCACUUCCGCUCACUUUUCUUGUUUCCUCUACACUACUUUCUUUCUCUCUCCUUCUUUUUUGGCUGUCCAUUGACCUUUCUUUUCUCUUCCAUUCCCUUUUUCCUGUUUCCUAUUAUUUUAUAUCAUUUUUAUGAUGAUGUUUUUCCUUCCUCCACUCAUUUUCUUACACUCUCACUUUCUCUUCUUCUUCUUCUUCUUCGUCGUCGUCAUCGUCCUCGUCCUCCUUCUCCCCCUCCUUCUCCCCCUCCUUCUCCCCCUCCUUCUUCUUCUUCUUCUUCUUCUUCUUCUUCUUCUUCUUCUUCUUCUUCUUCUUCUUCUUCUUCUUCGUUUCGUUUCGUUUUUAGAUCUCUCCCGUAA